CCGUCCCCUCCAUCUGGACAUUAAUCACAAAUCACCAUCGUUAUCUCUUCCUUAGGGUUCUUCCUUCCUUCCCCUCUUUCUCUCUCUCUCUCUCUCUUUCUUUUCAUAUUUCAAACCAGAAAAAAUUGACUUUUUAGAAAUUAAUACUUCUUUCCACAUCCAUGGAACAACACUGUACCCAUCAAUUAACUGUACAGAUCAUCUCUCCACAACCCCUUUUUUAACUCCAAGGGGUCUCUUCCAUAUUCGUUUCAAAGCUCUAGAUUAUUUGAUUUGGUUUUUGUCUAGGGCGUUUUGGUUUUUGGAAUCUCUAGAUUUUGGUAGCUUUUGGGUGGGUUUUAGUUUGAUGGUUUUGUUGGCUUUAGUAGUAAUCGAAGUGGGUAGUGGGCAUUAUGGACGCGUUUGAGAUUGAGGGCCAUAUUCAACAUAAUCCCAAGGCAGAGGAUCUUAAACAUUCCGGAGAUAAUUCUUCAGAAUAUGCAGUCUUUGAUGCAUCACAAUAUGCAUUUUUUGGAAAGGACUUUGUUGAGGAAGUUGAGUUGGGGGGAUUAGAGGAUGAAGAGGAGGAUUUACAUGUGGCUGAGUUACAUGAAGAGGAGUUUCUGUUUGAAAGAGAGGAGGGUGAGGUCUCGAGAUCUCUAUCUGAUGUUGAUGAUCUUACUAGUUCAUUUUCAAAGUUGAGUAAUGCUGUUAGUGGACCAAAAAAUUUUGGGAUGUUUGGUGAUGAGGGAUCUAGAGAAAGUUCAUCUGUUGCUGAAUGGGCACAGAGAGUGGAUUUGCCUGAUUGGGUUGAGCAGCAAACGCUUGAAAAUGAAAACAUUUCUGAUGGCAAGCGUUGGUCAUCCCAGCCCUUUUCUUCUUCUGCCUCAAAGCCUCUAUACAGAACAACCUCAUACCCUGAGCAGCAGCAGCAACAGCAACAACGACGACAGCAGCAACAGCAGCAGCAGCAGCAGCAGCAGCAGCAGCAACACUUUGCUAGUGAGCCAAUUCUUGUUCAAAAAUCUUCACACACUUCAUAUCCUCCUCAUGGUGGCAGAUCUCCACAAGCUUCACCCAAUCACCAUUCAAGUCAUCUCAAUAUACCAUAUAUGGCUGGUGGGCCGCAGAUAGCAUCUUCCCCAAACCAUUCUGCUUUCACUAAUUCUCAGCUGCAAAUGUCUGGGUUGCAUCAUGGACCGCAAUAUGGUGGUAAUAUACCUCAAUAUCCUCCUGGUGUACCUUUCAAGAGUCGACCACAAAAUCAAUGGCUCAACCUGACAAACUUGUAUGCUGGAGAUAAUUCCAGCAUCUUGAGUAAUGUGUUGCAACAGCAGUUACCUAAUCAGAAUGGAUUGGUUCCACAGCAAUUAGUGUCACAGCUUCAAGCACAGAAGCAAAGACUGCAGCACCCCAUUCAGCCAACAAUUGGCCAUUUGUCAGGGGUCCAGUCCCAAUUAUUUAAUCCUCAUCUUUCUUCAUCACCACCCCUUAUGAACAAGUUUGAAGCAAUGCUUAGUUUCACUGAUCCAAGAGACCAAAGACCGGUAUCAGCUCACAAAGUUAGGCAGAACCUUCAUUUUUCUCAGCAGGGAUUUGAGCCUAGUUUGCAGAGGAGCAAUCGAGGGUGGCUGCAGUUUAGAUCUAAAUACAUGACAGCUGACGAGAUUGACGGUAUUGUCCGAAUGCAGCUUGUUGCAACUCACAGUAAUGACCCAUAUGUGGAUGAUUAUUAUCACCAGGCUUGUCUUGCUAGAAAAUCAGCUGGGGCAAAGUUAAAACAUCAUUUCUGCCCAACUCACCUUAGGGAGCUUCCUCCUCAAGCACGUGCUAAUACUGAACCACAUGCAUUUCUCCAAGUUGAUGCUCUUGGGAGGGUUCCUUUCUCUUCAAUUCGUAGGCCUCGCCCUCUCCUUGAAGUUGAGAAUCCAAACUCAUCUCCUGUCAGCAACACUGAGCAGAAAGCAUCUGAUAAGCCUUUGGAACAGGAGCCAAUGCUUGCUGCUAGAGUUACAAUUGAGGAUGGUCUAUGUCUUCUUCUUGAUGUAGAUGAUAUUGACCGUUUCCUACAGUUCAAUCAGCUUCAGGAUGGUGGAGCUCAGCUGAGAAGAAGGCGGCAGGACCUGCUGGAAGGGCUAGCUGCAUCACUUCAAUUGGUUGACCCACUUGGCAAGAAUGAUCGUACAGAUGAGCUUGUUCCUAAGGAUGAUCUUGUGUUCUUACAGUUAGUUUCUCUUCCAAAAGGUAGGAAGCUUCUUGCAAGGUACCUUCAGCUUCUUUUUCCAGGUGGUGAGCUGAUGCGAAUUGAGCUGAUGCGAAUUGUGUGUAUGGCAAUUUUCCGUCAUUUGAGGUUCUUGUUUGGAUGUCUGCCCUGUGAUCUUGGGGCAGUAGAAACUACAUAUAAUCUUGCAAGGGUUGUUUCGUCUUGUGUUCAUAGCAUGGAUCUUCGUGCACUUAGUGCUUGUCUUGCAGCAGUGGUUUGCUCCUCAGAGCAGCCCCCACUCCGCCCUCUUGGAAGUCCUGCCGGAGAUGGAGCUUCUCUCAUUUUAAAGUCUGUUCUUGAUAGGGCAACAAAACUCAUAAUGGAGUCUCGAGCUGCUGGCCAGUAUAAUAUGACAAAUCAUUCUCUUUGGAAGGCCUCUUUCGAUGAAUUUUUUAACCUUCUCACAAAGUAUUGCAUAAACAAAUAUGAUACAGUUACGCAGUCAUUGCGCAUGCAGGUCCAACCAAACACAGCCAUUAGUGAAUCAGAUGCUGCAAUGGCCAUUAAGAGGGAAAUGCCAGUUGAUCUCCUGCAAGCGUGUUUACCUCAAAUUAAUGAUCAACAGAAAAAGUUGAUAUUGGAUCUUGCACAACGGUCCAUUACUUGAAUCCUUAAUUAAUGUAUGGUUGAUACAGUGCUGGAUAAAGAUCACGGGGCAAGUGAUGCCCAAGUUCUAGAAGAACUGAAUGCAACAGGAUACAUCAGUGGAAAUGUGUGGCUAUUUUGGAGCAUAUGCACAAUGGUUUAAGCUGAAGCUCCAAGGCCAUUUAAGUAAGGGUCAACUUAGCCCCCUUUGAUAUUUUAGUUUUUCUUGUCAACUUGUUUUUAAUUUAUUGCUAUGCUUUUCUUGUCAAAACAUAGAAGUGGGCUUCUAAGUUUUAUGUAUGAUGCUAUAGAACUAUGCAGUGAUAUUUUUGCUUGGUCGGGUCCUUCUCUUUUUUUCAGAAUUAGAGCGUAUUUUAAUGCUCUCUUGUGGAAUUCAUGAUAUGGAGAUUUGUAGUGGAUUAGUAUGUACAGGGGUUAAGAACAGAAGACUUCCCUCGUUCCUGUUAUUUAUUUGGAGGAAGUGGGGAUGGAUGCGGUGUUUAUGUUUGGAACUAGACUUCUGCCAUUCUUGUAGCAGAUAGCUGUUAAGUUGAUGAAGACAUCGGUUUUAGUUUACAAGAUGUAAUUAAUAUAGAUGUUUUCUGAACAUAAACCUUGUUUGGAGCCUUUAAUAUGGUUGAUAUAGUUGGUGUUUUUCGUUUGAACACUUUCUUCUAGGUUUAUAAUGACAUCUAU